GAUCGGUGGAAUCGAAUAAUCGGACUUGUUCGAGCCAGAAUUGGAUAUAUCGUCGUGGAAGUCGACAGAACGUCUCACGCGUGAUCGAUCGUUGGCAACGAUCGAAAAAACAAAAAUGAUCCCGACGUGGAUCGUCGCGGUGCUACUCGCCGUCUGUUCCGUCGAGUCCAGUCUCAUACCGGACAAAGGCUUGACUGCGAGUCUCCAGGAAGUAUGGGACGACGACAAUUUCGCGAUCGCCUUGUCCAACGUGAAGUCGAAGAAAAAAUCAUCGGAGGCAAUGGUCGAGACACUUUUGGCCGUCAAGUACGGGUCGUUCGGGAAGAAAACGAUGCUGAUGAUCGACAGACGUGCUAAACGAGUGAUCCUCGAGAGCCUGCAGGAUAAUGGACAUCGAACAGCGGAGCACAUCCACGCGAACGGUUUGCGGGACGAUCAGCCGAUCAAGAAUGUGAUCGUCUCGGUGCAUCAGAAUCAGCCUGACGCCAGGAUCGACGUUUACGUCGACUGCGUCUUCCAAGGCUCGAUAGUACCGUUGAAGAAACGUUUAAGGGAACUGGCAGAUGACGGGAACGGUCAGCCGAUAGAGGCGUUCAGAGAAAGAAGAAGCCAAGCGAAAGUGUAUCGAUCAUCGUCCAUCGGCGACGCGUUCAAGGAGGAAAACUGUCCUAACCACGACACCAGUGUGCACGGUGAUCUGUCCAAGGAGUCCAAUUGGUUCACCGAUAUCGACGAAUCGGAUAGAUUUGAUCGUGUCGAUCGAACCGACGACCUUGAAUCGAUCAUCCCACGGCCCGGCCACGGACAUCCCUCGGCUCGAUUGGGUCAAUCGAAUCGACACCACGCGAAACGCGCUCCCGAGGAUGAUCACGGUAAAUACAGUUCGUUGAGCGACUUCGAACUGGAUCGCGAAUGGGACACCGAUGACGAGCAAACGUACGGUCGAUCAGCCGCGACCAACAAGAGAAUCCCUCGGCGUGGAGACAUCGGAAUACAGAGUUUGGAUGAGAAAGCUUGCCUCACCGACAGUCAAAUAGCGAAGACCCUGAACGAGCUGAUCGAGGCUACCAAAAGAGUGUGGAGGGAAAUCGAAUUAAACAGAGUGGAAACGCAACACCUGCGACAUUUGAUCGAAAAUUGCGCCGGCUGUCGGGAACGUCCCGUUACGACCACGACGCCCGCGCCAUCUACCUGCGAUUACAAGUCGCCCUGCUACCCGGGGGCCGACUGUCGCGACACACCACGGGGCCCACGGUGCGGCCCGUGCCCGCCCGGGUUCACUGGCGACGGAUACCAAUGCACAGCUUGGGUCCAUCCAUGCGCGAGCAAUCCGUGCUACCACGGGGUCCGUUGUUACGAACGCGUGGACGGUUACAGCUGCGGAAAGUGUCCUGUCGGGCACAUCGGCGACGGGCGACACUGCGAGCUGCGUAGGAACGGUUGCGAGACACGUCCUUGCUACCCGGAAGUGGAAUGCGACUUGAUCAUUCAUCAUCCGUAUUACAGAUGCGGCCCUUGCCCGAACGGCUACAUCGGCAACGGUUCGUCGUGCGUCGACGUGAACGAGUGCGAGAUGGCGCAACCUUGUCAUCCCGGUGUUCGAUGCGUUAAUCUUCGUCCCGGGUACAGAUGCGAGUCCUGUCCACCUGGUUACACCGGGUCCAUUGUGGAAGGGAUCGGUCUGGAUUUUGCUGGUUCCCACAAGCAGAUCUGUCAGGACGUGAACGAGUGCGAGAAGAACAACGGUGGUUGCGGUCCGUACACGGAGUGUAUCAACACCGAGGGUUCCUAUAGAUGUGGCCCUUGCAAGCCCGGAUAUGAGGGGAACCAAACGAUCGGUUGCCGUCCGAGGGGCAAUGUUUGUCCUGAUUCGACCACCAUCUGCGACGAUAACGCGGAAUGCGUGUGCUUCGAUACUGAUCGGUACACUUGCAGGUGUCACGUCGGAUGGGCAGGAAACGGAAAAAUUUGCGGGGUGGACAGAGACAGCGACGGGAUUCCGGAUGGAAAUCUUCGUUGUUACGAUCGACGGUGUCGCGCGGACAAUUGUCCCCUGAUACCGAACAGCGGCCAAGAAGACGCGGACGGGGACGGAAUGGGGGACGCUUGCGAUCCAGACGCCGAUAACGACGGGGUGUUGAAUCCUUCGGAUAAUUGCCCGUUGCAUUCGAACCCGGGCCAGGAGGACAUGGACCGCGACGGUCCAGACUCGGUCGGGGACGUAUGCGACAAUUGCCCGUUGGUCAGAAACCCGAAGCAGGAGGACACGGACAACGAUGGGAUCGGCGACGCUUGUGACAAAGAUAUCGACAAUGAUGGCCUUCCGAACAACCAGGACAACUGUCCAAGAAAGAAGAACGAAAAUCAGAUCGAUUCGGACGGGGACAGGAUCGGGGAUGCCUGCGACAAUUGUCCUUUCUACCCGAACGCGGAUCAAACAGAUCGAGAUGGCGACGGUGUGGGCGACGCCUGCGACAACGACAACGACAAGGACAGGGACGGCAUACAGGACGACAGGGACAAUUGUCCCGACGUACCGAACUCGGGGCAAAACGACGACGAUCACGACGGUAUAGGGAACGAGUGUGACGACGAUAUGGAUAACGAUGGCGUACCGAACCAUUUGGACAAUUGUCCUUACGUCUACAAUCCGGAUCUAAGAGUAGAAAAUAUUGGCGACGCCUGCUGGAACGACUACGACAACGACACUGUGGUCAAUAUGCAGGAUAACUGUCCGAACAACAGCUUGAUAUGGACGACCGACUUCCGUAGGUACGUGACCAUCGCUUUGGAUCCUUACGGGACAGCUCAAGAUGACCCAGUGUGGAGGAUCAAUCACGGGGGCGCCGAGAUCCAGCAACUCGUAAACAGCGAUCCAGGAAUUGCUAUUGGGCCGGAUGUAUUCAGCGGCGUGGACUUCGAGGGCACAUUCUACAUCGACGACAACGCGGACGACGACUACGUCGGUUUCGUGUUCUCGUACCAGGACAACCGGCGAUUCUACAUUGUCGCCUGGAAGAAGGGCUCGCAACCGUACUGGAUGCCGAAUCCGUUCCGUGCGGUGGGCGAUCCCGGUAUCACGUUGAAGUUGGUCGACUCGGAGACUGGGCCCGGCGAGGUCCUCAGAAACAGUCUCUGGCAUAACGAGGACACGCCCAAUCAGGUGAAGAUACUCUGGCGUGAUCCGAAGAAGAUCGGCUGGAAGGAGAAGACACCCUACAGAUGGCAACUCUUGCACAGACCGAAAAUCGGACUGAUCAGAUUCCGGUUGUACCAAGGGAAACAGCUGAUGGCCGAUUCUGGGAACGUGUACGACUCGACGCUGAAAGGUGGUCGUCUCGGGGUUUACUGCUUUUCACAGGAGAAGAUCACCUGGUCGAAUCUCCUGUACACAUGCAAAGAAACUGUGCCGCAAUCGAUAUGGAACGAGCUGCCCGACAGUUUGAAGCACGUGGUGGCCAUUGAACCGAGCAACGAUAUGAAGCCUCAACAGUCGCAACGUAACGUUGACUACGACUUCUUUUGAAUUCCCGUUUCCAACAAUGAAAAUUGCGAAUUUAUAACAAGUUACUGUAAAAAAAAAGCCCCCCACGAAAUGGCGAAAGUAAAGUUAACGUACCCCAUUCUUCCUUUAAAUGAGAAACAUAGGUCGGACGAUCGGAAAAAAAACGUAGAACAACGUUUGCACGCGUUUCGCUAAAACGCCCCUGUUAUUAUAAUACUAUGAAACGAAGGAGGCGUUUAUCGCUGGAAAAAAAAGAAAUUAUUGUAUGCAUACUUGGAAAACAUUUGUGUUCGUAACGUAAAUAAAUGUCGGAAUAAAUCUUGUAUCGAUUGUACGAAAUCGACUUAGGCUCUACGCAAAUAAAACAUAAAAAAAAAAACAAUCUCUGUGCCGGUUUACAGAAACUACGGUUACAGCUUUUUCUACGCCUCCGUUAUGGAACAAUCAUCUACAACCUCGUAAACACACGGACACAGGUGUGCAAUGUUUCCAGACUCAGAGAUUACAAAACGGAAUACAAGAAAUAGGGGGUGAAAUUCCGAAAAGCACCCACACCCGAUUACAAAAGGUUUAAACCGCCGAUCGUUGGUUAUUAAAAAGUUAUUAUCAAAGAAAUAUUGAAAAACAUACCGUAAUUUUCCCAGAAAUCUGAACCUUUGUAACGUAGUGUCUUUAAAGAAAUACCGUUAGUUAAAAAACAAACAAAAAGUACUGUUC